CCUGAAUUGAGGAUGUCUUUUAAAUACAUGGCCAAGAGUCAAUUAGAGUUUGAAGAGAAGAAAAGUAACGCUGACGUGACAUUAUAGUUAAUCACUGACAUUGUCAGUUUACAUUUUAAAGUCAGUUUACAUUAAAAAAACACACAAAAACCAAGCAUGGCUGCAGAAGAAAUUGAUGCGCUAGAAGUACAUUUUGGAGAAGGUGGAAUACCAGGUUUGACCCCCAAAUACGCCCCAACACCGCAUUUUGAUAUAGUUAUUAAGGAGAAAAAACUUACUUUUGAAGAAGCUUCUCGGUGUCUCAACACCUUGGGGAAGGAUGAGAGUGGAGUAAGAUACGCUUAUCUCAUGUUAUCAGCCACAGAAAGAAAACUAACCGAUAUAUCAACUGUUGCAAACUUCAAACAUCUACUCUUCAUAGAUGUUAGUGGUAACUACCUAAACACAGAAGCCAUGUAUGUGCUCACUCAGGUUCCUUUCCUUUUAUAUCUCAGAGCUGAACGAAAUGUUCUUGAAUCUGCUGGAUUCAGAAUUGCGCCUUACCUUCAAGUCCUUAUUCUGAAUAUGAACCAAAUCACCGAGACCUGUGAUAUCAACCAACCUAUGUUGGAGCUGUUAGAACUUGGAGAGAACCUGAUAUAUACUGCCCAAUUUGACCCAGAAGGACUACCGAAUCUAAAAGAGUUGAGUUUGCACAACAAUCAUUUGAUAGAUACGUCUGGAGUGUUUCCCACAAGUUUAGAGAAACUCUAUCUGAAUAAAAAUAAAAUAAUGAAGAUCAAUUCGAAUUUCCCCAAGCUUCCCAAUCUUACAGUACUAAAUUUGAGAGACAACGGUAUCAGAAAACUUGGAGGCCUUUCUGAAAACCUACCGAAUCUUGUAUAUUUGAACGUUAGAUGUAAUAAGAUAACCAAAGUCAGACAAUUCAGGAAAAUUUCUCCGCUGUCGAAGCUUGAAACUCUUAUAUUGUUAGAAAACCCGUUAUAUGAAGGGAAGAAAGCUCAGCCGCAAGACGAAGAAGAUGAAGAUCAGGAGACUACCAUUACAAGUACUGAACCUGAUACUGAGAAUACUGCCGACUUUGAAGGAAGUGAUGUGGACACUACCGUGAAGAGUGAUCCUUUCAAAAUUCACCUGUUGGUAUUGCUUCCAAGUUUGAAAAGGAUAAAUAAAGAAUUUGUGACAUUGAAUGAAAGAGAUAUGGCAGAGAAGAAUAGUAGAAAGUUACUAGCGGAGAUAUUUGAGGAACAAAGUAGUGAAGACGAAAGUGAGGUACCAACUACUUCGGAAUAUACUACAGACUACACAACCGAGACUGAGGUAGAUGAAAAGAGUUAUGGGGAUGUGGAAGCUAAUGAUGAAGUAGAAGAGAAAACAUUGAAGACAACCGAAGAAGAAGGAAAAAAAGAAGCGACUACAGGUCAAAAUGAAGUAGAUAAACUUAAUAUAUAAGAAUCAUUUAUUUAUCUUAGUGUUGUUCUUAUUACUGCAUAUGAAAAUAUAUCUAGCUUAUUGGAGACCGGCAGUAUCGCUGACAGCAUCCUAGCUCAUAUCACAACAUUGAUACUGGGCAUUCCCCAGGGAUCGAUUUUGACUAUGCAGGCAAUGCUAUGUGAAUAGGGUGUUUCAGAACUAAGGGAUCAAACGUCUAGGGGUUAUUCAGUGUGAUAGUAGAAAACAUUUGAGUGUAGGGAGCCGUAUCCGGAAAAGUGUCACUACGGCACUACGGCCCUAAGACGCGUCAAAAUUUAGAAAGACGAU